AGUGUGGCAUAUUCCGCUGAGCUUUACCCUGGAAGAAGCAUUUUUUAAGAAAUCUAUUGAGGGAAGAGAGAAGUAGUGGGCAUGUUAGCAUACAAUUAGUACAGCCAAGCAUGCCUGCCAGCUGCCAUUUGGACGAGCUGUCGACUGCCUUUCCUAGUAGCUGAUUUGAGAACGUGGAAUGCAGAGAGAUAAUGCUGCAUAUCUGCUAUCAGACAGCAGAAAAGGUUUUUGUCUUGGGAAGGCUCGCCUUCCCUGCAAUGUUAUCUCAGCAGCUCUCUAGCUGCUUACCCUGAAAACUAGUGACCCCAGAGGAGGCGUUUUCGUCUGCAAACACAGGUCCUGUGCGUGGCUGUAGCAUAUGAGUGGCAGGUCUGAAGAAGCAGGUGUGUGCUCGGAUGGGCACUGGACUGUAACGCGGGCGGACGCUCUCGGGUUUACCUGCUUCCUGUUAACAGACUGUUGGCUCAGAGAGCAUCUGCCUGCAUGCUGAAGCUGAGGCUGAGAAGGAGGUCCCUGUGUAGCCACUUGACUGACAGAGACACUUGGGUUGGACUUAAUCUUAAACUUCUGGAGUUCAAGACCUUUUAAAAAAGGGCUAAAUAAACAAUCUCCACGUGUAAAAGGCCAAUGACUCCUACCUCUCUUCAGAGCAACUGUUGAACCCGGCUGCCUGUAGAGCCAGAAUAGGACAGACUCAUAUACCAUUCUGAUCUGGGUGCAUUUCUUCAGAAGGAAAACUGAAGACUUUAAUAACAAACCCUCCAAGGUCAAAAUGAACACAGAUAGCGGUGGGUGUGCUCGCAAACGUGCUGCCAUGUCUGUUACAUUAACAUCUGUGAAGAGAGUUCAAAGUUCUCCAAACCUAUUGGCUGCAGGGCGUGAUUCUCAGUCACCAGACUCAGCUUGGAGAUGUUACAAUGAUCGAAAUCAAGAGACACUGAAUGGAGAUGCUACAUAUUCCUCUCUUGCAGCAAAAGGUUUUAGAAGCGUUCGACCAAAUCUACAAGAAAAAAAAUCACCAGCUCAGGCACCCCUUCCACCACCCAGAAAAGAGAGCUUUUGUAGCUCCUUGAUAACCAGUCACACAAAGGGUGACAUUUUAGACCAAUUAGUAACUAACACACAAAUUCCCUCCUGUACAGAGUUCUCUACUAACAAAACACCUCUUCAGGGAACUAUGUAUUCUAAUGAUGAGUCCAGCCAGACAAUUGUAUAUUCUCAAGAAUCUAACACAACUGUGUCGUAUACACAAAAAAUCACUAAUCCACUACCACCACCUUCCAGCACAGGUCCCCCACCAAAAGCUGACAUGAGUACCCCAUUUCUACAAGAGGACUACACGCAAGAUUCUCAGACUCGGAGAAUCUCUACGUUGAAACUAAUCCAUAACCAGGAUCCAGGAAGUAGCAUCCCCUUUAAUCCUCCACAGUUUUCCAAAUCUGUUGAAGUACCCUCAUUUCGCAAAAGGCCUUGCUCACCACCCCCUAACCCAGUGCCUGAGAUACACACAGCAUCUCUUUCCAUUCAGAUAGCUCCCCUUUCAGGACACAAUCCUGAAAGCCACAAACAGCCACCUGAGCUUUCUCCAGAGACUGCAAAGAUACCUCUUCAGCCAGAGAGACAAAAACCUGCAGUUGCUGCGGCCUCUCAGUCCUCAGACUGCCAAGUGCUCGGAAACCAGAACUUCACUGCCAAUGUGCUGGAGAGCCAGAUAACAGUGAAUGGAAACUCUGGCGGCACUGUGAGUCCACUGAGUUACUACCAAAGGCCGUUUUCCCCUUCUGCCUACUCGCUACCAGGCUCACUCAAUUCAAGCAUUAUCAUGCAGCAUGGCCGGUCACUUGAUUCCUCAGAGACAUACCCCCAGCAUGCACAGUCUCUGGACGGCAGCAUGGGCAGCUCGAUACCGCUGUACAGAUCCUCAGAGGAGGAGAAGAGAGUGACAGUCAUCAAAGCACCGCACUACCCGGGGAUCGGGCCGGUGGAUGAAUCCGGAAUCCCCACGGCAAUUAGAACGACAGUUGACAGGCCAAAGGACUGGUACAAGACCAUGUUUAAGCAAAUCCACAUGGUGCACAAGCCAGAUGAUGACACAGACAUGUAUAAUACUCCUUAUACAUAUAAUGCAGGCCUGUACAACUCACCCUACGGUGCUCAGUCACAUCCUGCUGCCAAGACCCAGACCUACAGGCCCCUCUCCAAAAGCCACUCCGACAAUGGCACUGAUGCCUUUAAGGAUGCUUCCUCUCCUGUCCCUCCCCCGCAUGUUCCUCCUCCAGUCCCACCACUUCGACCAAGGGAUCGGUCUUCAACAGAAAAGCAUGACUGGGACCCUCCAGACAGAAAAGUGGACACAAGGAAAUUUCGUUCUGAGCCAAGGAGUAUUUUUGAAUAUGAACCUGGGAAGUCAUCCAUUCUGCAGCAUGAAAGACCACCCCCUCUCCCAACCACUCCGACACCUGUUCCAAGGGACCCUGGCCGGAAGCCUAUUUCUAUGUCACCAUAUGGAGAAGUAACUGGUAGCCCCUCCCCUCCGCCCAGGACCAGCAUUCCCACACCAAGCGCGUGCACCCCGGCUCUCUCUCCCAUCUGGACUGAUCGCAUAAAUCCAGAUGACAUAGAUUUAGAAAAUGAGCCCUGGUAUAAAUUCUUUUCAGAACUGGAGUUUGGACGCCCGCCUCCUAAAAAGGCUCUGGACUAUGUUCAAGAUCAUUCUUCUGGUGUUUCCAAUGAGGCCUCCUUGUAUCAAUCCUCUAUAGACAGGAGCCUGGAAAGACCCACUAGUUCUGCAAGCAUGGCCAGUGACUUUAGGAAAAGGAGGAAGAGUGAGCCUGCGGUGGGGCAGCCGAGGGGCUUGGGGGAUCCAACUGCAAGCAGAACUAGCCCAGGUCGAGCAGACCUCCCAGGAUCAAGCACCACCCUGACAAAGUCCUUCAUUAGUUCUUCUCCUUCUUCCCCAUCAAGAGCAAAAGACCAUGAGUCCCCUAGAAGUUACUCAUCCACACUGACUGAUUUGGGGAGAAGUGCACCAAGGGAAAGAAGAGGAACUCCAGAAAAAGAGAAAUUGCCUGCAAAAGCUGUUUACGAUUUUAAGGCUCAGACAUCCAAGGAGCUGUCAUUUAAGAAAGGAGAUACUGUCUACAUCCUCAGGAGAAUUGAUCAAAACUGGUAUGAGGGAGAGCACCACGGGAGAGUGGGCAUUUUCCCAAUCUCAUACGUAGAGAAACUCACACCUCCUGAAAAAGCACAGCCUGCGAGACCGCCUCCCCCAGCCCAGCCUGGAGAAAUCGGAGAAGCUGUAGCCAAAUACAAUUUCAGCGCUGACACAAAUGUGGAGCUAUCGCUGAGAAAGGGAGAUAGAAUUAUUCUUCUUAAAAGAGUUGAUCAAAACUGGUAUGAAGGUAAAAUUCCAGGAAGCAACAGACAAGGCAUCUUCCCUGUUUCCUAUGUAGAAGUCAUCAAGAAGAAUACAACCAAAGGUGCUGAGGAUUACCCUGACCCUCCAAUACCCCACAGCUAUUCUAGUGAUAGAAUCCACAGCUUAAGUUCAAAUAAGUUGGCUUCCAGCGAACCAGUCCCCCCUCCCUUGCACAAAGCUUCAUGUGGCCCAGAUAAAGGAGCUCUCCAGGGAAUCACCCCGGGGUGGCUGUCCCUGACAGCCAAGUGUCCACUGGUAAAGCCUUUGGCCCCAACACUACCUCCUUUUCUGGACAACAUAUUGGACGAAUUAGAGAAGCUUGGUGCUUUAGUUUUACCUGCUGACCAAGCCAAACCAAAUACCCCAGAGGAGAUCACCCUUGAAAUUAAGGAGGACCCCUCUGUUGCCCUCCCAUUGCCGCCAGCAUCUGCACCUGCCAAGCCACCCUCCUCUCUGCUACCUCUCCCCCGCUUGGGUGUGACCUCAGCUGCAACCCAGCCCCCUGAGGCAGCGCCGCUUCAGGAUUCCAGAAAGACACCUCAAAACCAGCUUGCAGAUCUGACAACAAUGAGAAAGGGUUCUGCAGGCCCUGAAAAAGUACCUGAGGUCCUAGGUGAUAAGUUUGUGACCUCUGCACACGCUAGUGUGGGUCCCUUGCCCCAAACCCUCCCCGUCAUUGGAGAAGAAGAUGAGGACAUCUAUGAGGGGGUCAUGGCAGGUAUCCGAAGAGGGCCAGAGUCUCAAGAACCAGAUGCCUUGUGGUGUGGCCAUGAUGGCACAGAGGUGACACCACUCCUGCACAUAGAAGAGGAGGAAGAGGAGAGGGAAGCUGACCGCUUAAAAUUUCCAAUAGCAAUGCCCACAGGCCCUAGGAGCCCUAAGGAAGACAGCGAUGCAGCAAAAACCAGUGAAGAGCCAUCUUCAUUUUCUUCGGGAGAUCGAACAUCUACAUCCUUUCCCAGCUCUCUGCUUUCCUCCCUUCCCUUUCAUUCCUCCUUGGCCACUGUCUCUGACCUGGUCCCCACACUUUCUCAGCCUACCCAGCCCUACUCAUCUCCGCUCCUCCCUAAAUACUCUUAUCAACAGGAGAUAAGCUCACCAAAAUUAAAGGCUGAUUUAAAAAGCGAUCUACUUGUCUUGGGUAAGCCUCCGCGUAGCCCAGUGAUGUCCUGGAGAUCCUGCAGCUCACCAGUCAGAGGGCUCAGCGGUUCCCACAGGCCACAGCGUCCUGUGUUUACUCAUGAAAACAUUCAAGGUGGGGGGGAACCGUUUCAGGCUCUGUAUAACUAUACUCCUAGGAAUGAAGAUGAGCUGGAGCUCAGAGAAAGUGAUGUCAUCGAUGUGAUGGAAAAAUGUGAUGAUGGAUGGUUUGUGGGAACCUCAAGAAGAACCAAAUUCUUUGGUACUUUUCCCGGGAACUAUGUCAAGAGGCUGUGAAUCACUCUCUCCAUUAUUUAUGCUGCAUUUCAGCACCACAUCUGCAUAACCUUGCCUGAAAGAUCUCCACAGGCCUCCUGCUGUUAUGCCUUCUGGUUUCCAAUAGAAGUCACCCACCAUCACCAUCUCCAUCUGCCACCAAACCACCAGCAAUGGAACUGCUGCUGCAGUGGGGAGACUGGAGGAUUUGCUUCCGUGUGAAAGUGCAUAUUCCUGCCGUCCGCUCUAAACUUUGAAAAGUCAAUAUGCGGCAUCAGAAAGAAAAUCAUUAUACUUAAUAAGGGUUGAGUAGUUGAGGCAAAAAAGUAAGUGUCUCAAGGAGGCUCUCUUGUCCACUUUGAAAGAUGUUCUCCCCUCAGGCAACCAGAAGAUUGUUUAUUACUACUUGCUGGGGUUUGCAUUUUCACCUUCUUAGCUUGGCAGUAUAUUUUCCUUUCACGAGUUUGCCUAGUGUCCUGGUUUACACGAUAUGACAACUGUACUUCAGCUAUUGUUUGCCUGCACUUAUAUGUUGUAAUAUGCACAGUGAUUACAAAAUCUAAAGCGAGAGUAGGAAAGUUAAUUCGAAUGAGUGUGAUUUUGUUGAAUUGAACGUGAGUUUCAAAUAGGAGUCUUCUCCUGCAGGAUUUUUUUUUUUUUUUUGUACUUUUUAGAAGUGCAAACAAUAAGUGAAUAAGAGCCUUUGGUAAUAAUCAGGAGAAUACAGGAGGUUUAGCUAGAUUACAGAAAACUAUUGUGUUGUAAAGUUGCAUUGCUAUUUUAUAUUAAAAUGUAAUAAUCAGCAUCAUGAACAAUGAGCUCUUAGUGUUUUAUUUAUCUGAUAAAAGUUAAAUAAAAGCAGUGUUAGUGAGAGGUGCAAAGAAUCAUUCUAACAUAGACACUUGAAAGCAUCUGUAAGCAAUAUUCAUAGGUAGGAUUUCACUGCGUGUACACAUACACAUUUGAGAUUUUAUGAGAACAGACAAUCCAUAAGAUAUGUACAUUUUAUGGAAAUGUAAAAGAAUCUCACAUAUUAUUUUAUAGAAAUAGAGUACUUCAGAAGCAUCACAAGUAUUAAGGCUGGUUUUAGUAAGGAUUAUGAUCAGUACAAUUAUUUUUACUAUGAUAAUUAUUUUUCUUCUCUGGAACUCAGAAUCCUGGCUACAUUUGAGGACAGGAAUAUGUUGAGCCUGAUUUUCCUAGUGUGUGUAAAAUAUUUCCUCAGAAUACAUGAGGCACUUUUUAGAGGCAAUGUUAAAUCAUUCAGGUUAAAUUUUCUGCCCUGAAGUAGAAACCUUGAAGAUGAUAUUGGGACCUGAAAGAUUUAAUGUGGUUAACAGUGCCUGAAUUACACAUACCCCGAGAACUAGCUUUGUAUUUCUUAUGACUUUGCAUAAGAACUAUUCAUAUUUGGAUCUUGAGCACCUUAUAGACAAAACUUUUUAUGGCAUUUCUUCUGUGAACAGUGGUUGAUCUUUUCACAAUGCAUGUAGACUCUAGAAUUUUGUACAUAUGUUUGCUCAUUUUUUGUAUGGACUAUUUAGUUGUUGAGAAAACAGGGGAAUUUCCUAAUUUGGUCUUUAUCCUUCCUUUAAACUAAGCUAAAACACUUUCAACAGAUUACCCUUUACAUCUCCCACAAAUCAUCAUUAUGCCUUGACAGUGCAAUUCUGUAAGACAGCACUUCUGCAAAAGUUUAUGAACAUAAAACAUCUUAGCAGCCAAACUGAAAUGUAUAUAAAUACUGAUUAGAGAGGAAUUCCAUUAGAAAGAAGGUAAAGAAACAUCUUUGAGUAGCCUUGAUUACUACCUUGAUUACUGUCAAGUUCACAGCCAGCUUUAUAUUUUAAAGGCUUUGGGUUUGAAAUUAGGUCAACUGCAUGCAGCUUUGCUGAUAAAUGAAUAAUUACCUUUGAUGCCAUUUAUGAGAAAAAAUUCAAUAUCUGUUGCCUGUCAUAUUUAAGAAAAAUUAAUGUUUCUAUUCUCUGUAUCUGAUUUUAAAAGGAAAAAUAUUCAUACCUAGCUUUUAGGUAAUUGACUUUGAAUUCUUACAAGCAAAGGUCAUUGUGUUUUUCUUGAAUAGACAUCUAAUAAAUUUUGCUUGGAAGUAUA